GUGAUCACUGUGGCUCAUUCUUGUUCGGGAUCAUGCGACAGGGAUUGCAGUGCGAAGUGUGUCGGCUCAACAUACACAAACGCUGUGAGAAAAAUGUCGCAUCUCAUUGCGGAGUGAACACGAGGGAUCUGAUUACGGCCAUUCGGCUGUGUGGCUUGAAUCCGUCCGACUUGGGUGUCUCUCCUCCACCGACCUCUAUCACCAAUGCUGUGGCUUCAGCGCUUUCGGCCGGCGGUGGUGGUGCUUUUCCCUGCACGCCCGGUAUAGCCAAUCUUCCUCCGGUGUCCAACUUUCCAGGUAGCAAUCUAAUCGCAUCUCGUCCUAUCCAAAUGGGUUUACGUACAAGGAGUCCUUAUGGUCCUCUUGGAGAUUCGAUCGUUGGAGAGCUUCGUUUCUCUGGCUCUUCACCCAGCAUGAUCACUCCGCACGAGCGUUCACUGAGUUCGCCCAUUCCUUUGCCCCCGAAUGCAUUGAAUCAAUGUUCUAUGGAACAUCCGGAUGCCGCCUCGUUACGCGCCGCCGGCGCACUUUCCAUUGUAAGUGGUCCCGUUUAUGGACGUCAAGGUGUUGCUGCUGUCCCUCCUCGACCUGCCUCGCUUCAGCGUCCUAUUUUCAUCCGGAAUUCAGCUUUCCACUACACCUGCAACAUGCGUACCACAGUGGAACACUAUAAAUAG